ACCAAUCACUGAUAAUCUAUAACUGAAAUGAAACCCAUCCUUUACUAACCUAUAUAUAUAUAUAUAUAUAUAUGAUCUCAAAAUUGAAAAAUACAUUUUAACUUAUCAUAGAUGCUAUGUUUUGAUUUACCAUUCUUGUUUAUCAUGUAAAGAAAUUGUCUGAAAUUGUAAUAGCAAAAAUUGGAAUUUUUUUUAUUGUUGUCUACGUUUUACUUGUGAAUUGUGAUUGCAAUGGUUUACCUUCCUUUGGUGUUAAAUCUACUUGGCCAAUUGGAAUGUUCAAUGAUUUAUUUAGCCCUUGUACUCACCAAUAUUACUUCUUAAUAAAGCACAGUAAAGAGAAGUUUGAAGACUUGAAAUUUUAUAGGAAUUUAUUAUAUAAGUUCUAUUUAAUUUUUAGGUUUUCUUAGGGUUACAUGUGUUUUCUGUUUAUCUCACGUUUUAUGGUGUAGCUUAUAAGUACUUCUAUUAUUUCUGAUUUUUGGUAGCUUUGGAUCAAGAAAUUAUUGAAAUUUGGAGUUUUGAACUUGAAAUUUCCUAACCCUUGUAUCCGUUAUAGUUGUUUGACUUCUUGUAUCCUUUUAGAGGCGGAAUAGAUGUGCAUACGAGUGAAAAAGGUAUUGCCUUUGUUCUUUUUGAGUUUACUAGAGAUUAGACUGAUAUUUUCGAAAAUGGGUACUGCUGGACAAUCUCUUUAAUUGGACCCCCACUUUUUAACUUACCCUCUUAUUUAUUUAUUUUAUCUUUUUAAUUGUUAACAUGUAAAAGGAGUCUAAAUAACCUGGGAACACUUUAUGAAAAUGGCUGUAUAUUGGUUAUUUUAAUCAUGUAAUAUUUCAAUACUUGUUGUUGAUAAUUGUACUGUAUGACUGUAUGACUGCUAAUUGAUGCCACCUUAGGCAGUGGAAACUUAAGGGAAGCAGUUAGACUACCUCCUGGGGAGGAUUUAAAUGAAUGGCUCGCAGUCAAUACUGUGGAUUUCUUCAAUCAGGUGAAUCUGCUCUAUGGUACCCUCACUAAGUUUUGUACUCCUGAGAAUUGCCCUACAAUGACUGCAGGACCUAAGUAAGAGAUAUAAACUAGAUUCCUUUUGCCCUUUUCAAUAAAUCGAAACUCCCUCAACUUGAAUUUAGGCUCUUUAUCUCUUCGAGCUAGAUGAUACUGUAUUAAUUUAUUUUUGUUAAAGUUAUAUAUAUCUGCCUUUUUUUUUUUGAAUUUUGAUGUCAAAAUAUAUCAUAUAAUCUUGGCUGAUUAGUGGGAUAAGAGUUUGACUUUAUAUCAUGUUUUCUUUGAUUUGAUAGUCCUAGGUUAUGAUGAGAUGAUGUUUAUUAUUAUUAUUAUUAUUAUGAUUUGCCUUUGUCUUUUGUAAUAAUUUGAUUUUGCCAUAUUUUAAAUGUCAGUAGAAAGACAUCAAAUAUGUUAAAGCUAAAAUAUUAUAUUAUUGAUAUUUAAAUAUCUUUUGCUUUAAUUAUGAAAUUUUCAAACUUACUAAAUAUGAGAUUCGUAUUUAUAGCUUAGAAUAUUUGUCUUGUAAAGAAGAGUUUAUGUAUUUGUAUUGAUAUUUAAAUAUUUUUCUUGUAAAGCAGUGCUUCGUGUGACAACAAACAUCGCUCGGGAAGGUCUCGUUAUUGGUUCCUAACGUUUUUGCACUUGCAAAGCUUAUGAAUGUCAGUGAAGAUGAGAGUCAACUUUCUGCUAUAGCUAGGCAAGGUUCAAGUAGUGCUUGUCGGAGUUUGUUUGGUGGAUUCGUUAAGUGGAUUAUGGGAAAAGAGGAUGAUGGAAGUGAUAGUCUUGCAGUUCAACUAGUAGAUGAAAAACACUGGGAAGAUCUCUUCAUCAUUAUUGUUUUGAGGGAUAGAGCUGCAGAGCUUUUGGGUUUGCGUGCAUGCAAUUUUCGGCCACGACACUCAAGCAAACUUGGAAAUGAGUUUCGGGUGUUCACAAACUAUGACCCUGGGGAGAGAUUAGGAGGAUGGGAGCAAGAACAAUAGGUGCCUUUUUCUUGCUAUUGUUUGCUAGGAAUAUUUUCUCAUGGAUGAGCUUCAUGCAACCUAAUUUUUAUCCAUUAUCAAGGCAUUUCCAACACUUACCCUUGGAAAAAUUAACCAGCCUUUCUGCUAAUUUUCCCAGAGAAAAUAUGAAAACAUGUAGAUGAGAAAACUUCCAAGCAAGUUUAUCCUCAUAUUAUGCAUUUUGGUCUACUUUUUUAAACUAGUGCAAUUUUCCUCACUUGUGUAGAUUUCGUAAUACAUAAAACUAUUUAAGGUUGUCCAAAGUUGUACUGACUCAUGCCUACUCAUCGACAUUUUGAAAUGUAAUUAGGAAGUUGUUUCAAAACGCACAAUACACAUUGAAGAAGCCAUACAAGUUUCUCAUAUGUAUUAUUUAUUUUAGUUUUGAUUCUAAAUUUUCAUUUUUACUUUAA